AUGGCAGAAAUUAGCGUCCUAUUGACUUUGUCCCUAAUUCUAGGAUGCGGAUUAAUAGAUAAAGCCAACCCCAGCGGUGUUGCAAGUGAUAUGACACCAUACUUGUUUGACAAAGGCUUACUAGAUGUUGAAACUGACCACGAAGCCGAUAGGAUCGAAGGAUUGCUGUACCUUGUUAAUAUUUCAUGGAACUUAGUGAGUGGCAACCUUGACGAGCCGGAACACGACUAUGGUGUGGUGGGUGCCUAUUGGGCCCAUACUGCUCCAAUCGCCCUCCCGGAGAUUGCGGGAAAUCCGCCCGUUGAAGAUUCGAUGACUCCUCCACCAUGCAGCGACGCUCGAGCUAGGGGGCACAGUUGCGAGCCAAUAGCUCCAGCGCGUCCACCCCCAAGCGUGCAUCAAGCUGCCCUAAACACCAUUUUGCCCACUUUGUUGGACCAAUCCGACAUCCCCAAUACCAACCCAGCCGAGUUAGUUGAGGAGUGCCUUCUCUGCUUCGAAGUCUAUCGAUAUCUGAAUGGAGAGUAUCCGUCACACCAUCACAACUUCAGACGAAUCGAAGAUGUUUGCAAGCUUGCGCUGGCCGGGGGUGAAAUGUCGGCAAACGAGAUCGAGGGUCACAGAGGAUAUGGCCAACCUGCUAUGAAUGGACAAGGCCAGAUUCUGGCCUUGAAUUUCUCACCGCUGGCUGGCGUUGAUGAAAUGUCAGGGAUCAUCAUAGUCGAUGGCACCGUCGAAGAGCUUCGCCACCGAAUAUUCGCAGUUGAUGGGCCUCCAAAGCUUCCUGCUCCUGCUCAUAGUAAAGUCGAUUCUGCCAAGUUGAAUACGUUUGAUGCCAAUGAUCCGCAGGCCGAAUCGCAAAGGGGAACUGUGGGGGAGGUUGGGAAGAUGAAUAGUUCGUCGAAAAGGAAGAAACGGUAUCGACAGAGUGGGUUCGAGACGACUCCUAGUGCGCUUUCUGUUGUGACGUUUGGACAUGUCGCCGCGUUGCGCGAAGACAGGUGA